AUGGACGCGGAGCGUUUUGCUGCUUUCUUCGGAGGCGCAGCAAUUUUUAAAAUCCCGGGAAGGACUUUUCCAGUUCAAAUUGAGUUUGCGCGGACUCUCCCCGACGACUACGUGGAUGCUGCAGUCCAGAAGUGCCUCGCCAUCCACUGCAGCACGCCCUGCAAGGGCAGCAGCAGCAGCAGCAGCAGCAGCAGCAGCAGCAGCAGCAGCAGCAGCAGCAGCAGCAGCGGCGAGAUCGGGAGCAGCGCGAGCGGGAGCGCGGCCGCUGCUUCGGGCGCCCCCAGCAGCAGCAGCAGCAGCAGCAGCAGCAGCAGCAGCAGCAGCAGCAGCUUGGAGGAGGAGAGUGGGGACAUAUUGGUAUUUAUGACCGGCCAAGAUGACAUAGAAGUCUGCUGCAUCUUGCUGGCAGCAAGAGUGGAGCAGCUGGGGCCGCGAGCGCCGCCGCUCACGCUGCUGCCGAUCUACUCGCAGCUGGGGGCGGAGCAGCAGGCGAAAGUGUUUGCUGCGAGUCCUUUUCGGAAAGUAAUAGUUGCAACAAACAUUGCAGAAACUUCUUUGACUUUAGAAGGAGUUAAAUACGUCAUAGACUCUGGACUUUGCAAAAUGAAAGUCUUCAGUGCUGCAGUGGGAAUGGAUCUGCUGCAGCUCGCGCCGAUCUCGCAAGCUGCUGCGCUGCAGCGCAGCGGCCGCGCCGGCCGCUGCAGCAGCGGCUGCUGCUUCCGGCUCUACCCCGAAGCAGCUUUUUUGCGGGAGAUGCUUCCCGCUGCAGUGCCGGAGGUGCAGCGUUCGAACCUCAGCAAUGUGGUUCUUCUUUUGAAGAAUCUUGGAGUUGAAAACAUCCAAAACUUCGACUUAAUUGACCCUCCUCCGAAGGACUCUUUGCUGCAGGCGCUGCACCAGCUGUGGGCCCUGGGGGCCCUCGACCCGGGGGGGGCCCUCACUGCAGCGGGGCAGCAGAUGGCGGCCUUCCCGCUGGACCCCCCGCUGUCGAAGAUGCUGCUGGCAGCAGCAGCAGCAGGCGGCAGCAGCGAGAUGGCUUCUGUGGUUUCUUUGCUGUCAGUGCCUUCUCUCUUCUUCCCCAACAAGCAGCAGCAGCAGCAGCAGCAGCAGCAGCAGCAGCAGCAGCAGCACAACUCCGAAGCAACGCGAGAAAAGUUCUUCGUCCCCGACAGCGACCACCUCACUCUCCUCAACGUCUUCCAGCAGUUCAAAAGGGCUCACGCCAGCCCCCAGUGGUGCCUCAAACACUUCAUCCAACCCAAGGCAAUGGCGCGAGUGCAGGAGGUGAGGGCGCAGCUGGUGGACACCAUGCGGCAGCAGGGAAUUCCGGAGGUUUCUUGCGGCACGGAUUGGGACAUUUUGAGAAAAGCCAUUUGCGCGGGCUACUUCCACCAAGCUGCGAAACUCCGGGGAAUUGGAGAAUAUGUAAAUUUGAGGACUUGUGUUCCUUGUCAUGUACACCCCAACUCUGCGCUUUACGCAGCUGGACAGACACCCGACUACGUCGUCUACCACCAGCUCCUCCUCACCACCAAAGAGUAUAUGAGAACUGUCAGCUAG